AUGGCACCCAUUGAAUUCGUCUCCAAUAUCCAGCUUUCCUGCACAAAAUGCCGUUCGAGAAAGGUCAAAUGUGACCGCGUUCAACCAUGUCAAUCCUGCUGUCUCCGCGGAGAACCCGACCAAUGCAGAUUCCCUAGUUCGGAAACCACAGAUUUAAAUGCCGUUAACCAGGCGUAUGAGAUCAGAAGGUUAAGAAAAGAGUUGGAUAGUUGGAAGGCAAAGUAUACUGAAUUGCAGGGUCAGAUGUUGCCGUCCGGGCCGGAGGGAGGAACAAGAGAUGCGUUUCCAACGUUGGAGAGUUCAAAAGACAGUUUACCGUCUCCGCCGACUUCGAACGCAAGGACAAUGUCGAUUGCGUCUGAAAGCUCGACUGGUAGAAGGCCUGCUCCUGGGGCUGAAUUGGCGUCGGUGGACGAAAAGUCACACCUGCACUUUGGUGCACCGGGAUUGACAACAGUUAUUAAUGAAUUUACAAAUAUGCAUGUGAAGACAUCUGCUGCCCAAAUACAUCACAUCCCAGAGGCAAUUGAUAUCCUUUCGGCACGGUAUCCUCGAGGUUUCCCCUUUCCCACAUUAUGGAAGGCUGUCGACGGUAUUGCGGGCAUCUGGACUUGUCUACCACCCGUUGACGAGGUCCUUGCCUAUGUCGAAGCCUAUCGACAAAGGGCGCAAUGUGCUUAUCCUUAUAUCUAUGCUGAAUUACAAGAUGAUGAGGUAUUGAGACGCUUCUUGGAGGGCGGUGUGCAGAAUGCAGAGCAACAGCCAAGUCUCCUUGCCCUCGUUUUAAUAAGUAUUGCUUUGGGUAUACAAUGUUCGGUCUACCACAGAAGAGGACAUAAGUGGGUCAGCGGAGCUAUGGAGGAGGACCGUCGAUUCUCAGAGGUCUACUUCGCCGCAGCAUUCCAAACACUACGUAUCAUGGGUUUCUCCGCCAGACCUGAUGCCUUAACACUCCAAACCCUCCUAAUGAUGCUUCCAUAUCUCACAAACAGCGGUAGAUGCUGUGACGCCUGGGUAGUCCAUGGCAUGGCAAUCAGAGUAGCUCAAUCAAUGGGCUACCACCGCGACCCCACCUUCCUCCGCCCUUCUCCAGCCCCAGCAGACGCCCACGUUCGUCGAAUCCUUUGGUGGUGGGUUUUAUACCAAGACGUCCACCUCUCCAUGAUCUUUGGCCGUCCUCUCGGCGUCUCCGGCAUCGGUGAUGUCCUACCGCCAGAACUUGUAACCCCAAUGCCGACUACAUUUAAAGAAUUCGUCAUGCCGUACACUGUUUUAAUGCGGCAAAUGCUUUCGGCGGAUGAACUAAGCACUUACAAAAUCGACGAGAUUACCAAUGGUGCCCUAGGGCUGCUUGCCCGUCUCCCGCCUGUUUUGCAGUUUGAUCCUGAAACCUGGACUCGUGACGACUUUAGCGGUCCACCAUGGCCGAGGAAUAUGUUGGCUGUAUUACAUGCUUCGAAGGUGCAUAAUAUGGUUAUAUUAUUGAAUAAGAGGAGGAAGGAUAUUGAAGCUAGGGAGCAGAAUGGGGAACAAGGGGUUGGGUUGCAGAGGAUAUUGAGUAGUUGUAGGUUGAUUUUGAAGUGUCAGGAGUUUAUGCAUAAACAUGCAAGGCAAGGGCUACUAUGCUGGUUCUCGAAUCAGUGCUGGUUUAAUGCUUCGAUGAUAUUGGGUCUCAACAUCCUCGACCACAGAGAAUACCCAGAACUAGAAUCCGACAAAGAAGAACUUCGAAAAUCCUACACCAGAUUCCAAGACGAAGCUUACCUAGGGAUCCACGAACUCGCAGCGAUAGCCGUAGAACACCUCGGCCGCAUGUUCCAACAAGUCGGGAUCCCAAUGGAAGGGAUAGAAUAUACUAGUCACGCUACCAGCGAUACAAUAGAUAGUGAAGCUAUGGCGGCAGCGGCUAUGGCGGCGACAUUACAGGCAGCGCCUGAGAGUGAUAUGGACUUUGGAGGGAUACCGCAAAGUUUUGGGUACGGACUGAGGAUUCCGGAUACGUUGUUUAAGAAUGGGGAUAUAUGUAGUAAUUCGUGGCAUCGGGUGUGA